UAUAAAAGAACCCCCCUAGGCUUAAACUAAAGCAAGCUUUUGCUACAUACAAAGAUGAACAAAUCACCACACGUUCUACUCUUCCCCUUCCCUGCACAAGGCCAUAUAAACCCUCUCAUCCAGUUUGGUAAACGCCUAGUCUCCAAAGGUGUCAAAACAACACUAGUUACUACCAUCUACCUCAACUCUACCCUCUCCCACAAAAACAGCACCACCUCCAUUGAGAUCGAACCCAUUUCCGAUGGUUUCGAUGAAGGCGGUUACGCGAGUGCAGAUAGCCCCGAAUCCUACCUCAAAGUGUUCAAAGAAGUUGGCUCCAAAUCACUAGGUGAUCUUAUCAAGAAGCUUCAAAAAGAAGGAAACAAUAUUGAUGCAAUCAUCUAUGAUGCCUUCAAUUCAUGGGCUUUGGAUGUGGCCAUGGAGUUUGGAAUUGAUGGUGGUUCAUUUUUCACUCAAGCUUGUAGUGUAAACAAUAUUUAUUAUCAUGUUUAUAAGGGUUUGAUUUCUUUGCCACUGCGUGUGCCGGUUUCGGUUCCGGGGUUGCCACAGCUUGAAUGGUGGGAGACGCCAUCUUUUGUGCACAAUUAUGGACCAUACCCUGGGUGGACUGGGAUUGUGUUCAAUCAGUUUGCUAAUAUUGAUCAAUCACGUUGGGUUUUCUCAAAUAGUUUCUACGAACUUGAGGCUGAGGUGAUAGAGUGGAUGAGAAAGAUGUGGAAGUUGAAAGUAAUCGGCCCAACACUUCCAUCUAUGUAUCUUGACAAACGACUAGAAGACGAUAAAGAUUACGGAUUCAAUCUCAUCAAAGCAAACAAUAAGGAAUGCAUGAAUUGGUUAGAUGAUAAACCAGAGAAAUCAGUUGUUUACGUAUCAUUCGGGAGCAUGGCACAACUUGGACUUGAACAAAUGGAAGAAAUUGCUUGUGGAUUGAGCGAUUGCAAAUUUAAUUUCUUGUGGGUUGUUAGGGCCGAAGAGGAGGAAAAACUCCCAAAAGAAUUUGCAAACCAAAAAAUAACCGGAAAGGGGUUGGUCGUGGCAUGGUGUAGACAAUUGGACGUGUUAGCACAUAAAUCAGUAGGAUGCUUUAUUACACAUUGUGGAUUUAACUCAACUCUUGAAGCAAUAAGUCUAGGAGUCCCGGUUGUUGGAAUGCCUCAAUGGACAGAUCAAAUUACGAACGCUAAGUUGCUAGAUGAAAUUUGGGAUGUUGGAGUGAGAGUUAAGGCUAAUGAGAAAGGGAUAGUGACAAGAGAAAAUCUAGUGUCGUGUAUAAUGAAGAUUAUGGAGGAUGAGAGGGGAGUUGUAACCCGAAAGAAUGCCGCAAAAUGGAGAGAAUUAGCUAAAGCAGCUGUCGAUGAAGGCGGGAGCUCUGACAAGGAUAUCGAUGAAUUUGUAUCCGAACUAUUUAAAGCAUGAAUGUGAUUUACCAUCAUGCAGAUAGGGGAUGGAGUUAUUUUAUAAAUGCUAAAUACAAGAAAGAUAGGGGAUGGAGUUAUUUUAUAAAUGCUAAAUACAAGAAAGUGUGUAAUAUUUGUAUCCAUAUUUAUUUGUAUCUAUAAAGAAAUUAAUAUGAUUUGUUCUCAGCAAA